AUGUCGUUGGAAAAGAGAAUCAGAAACUUUCUCAAGGGCCCAAAGAAGGGCGAAACCUUCGAAUUGAAGAGCGGGUUGGUCUCCCAAUACAAGGGCGAAAGAAAGGAUGCCAUCCAGCGUGUGAUUCAAGCCAUGACCGUGGGUAAAGACGUGUCUGCCCUCUUCCCCGAUGUUUUGAAGAACAUCGCCACCUACGAUCUCGAGCAAAAGAAGUUGGUGUAUCUCUACUUGAUGAACUAUGCCAAGACCCACCCGGAAUUGUGUAUUUUGGCUGUCAACACCUUUGUUCAGGACACCGAAGAUCCCAACCCAUUGAUCAGAGCUCUCGCAAUCAGAACCAUGGGAUGUAUCAGGGUCUCGAAGAUGGUCGACUACAUGGAAAUCCCUCUUCUGAGAACCUUGAAGGACGACAAUCCCUACGUGAGAAAGACUGCUGCUAUUUGUGUGGCUAAAUUGUUCGAUUUAAACCCAGAAAUGUGCGUGGAGUUCGGCUUCUUGGACCUGUUGAAGGCGUUGUUGAAGGAUCCAAACCCCAUGGUCAUUGCAAAUUCGUUGAACGCUCUCUACGAAAUCAAAGACAUGAACAAGGACCCAAACUUGGAUGUAUUGCCCAUCACUCAAGAUCUUAUCAAGAAUUUGUUAACUUGUCUUAAUGAGUGCACCGAAUGGGGAAGAAUUAGUAUUUUGACUACCUUGACAGACUACCAUACUUCAAAUGUCGAAGAGGUCAACCACAUUAUCGAAAGAGUCAUCCCCCAGUUGCAACACGUCAACCCUUCUGUUGUAUUGAGUUCUAUCAAAACAAUCAUUCAUCACUUGGAUGUAAUUCCAUCUCAGGCUCAAAGAAGUACCAUUCUCAAGAAAUUGUCUUCUCCGUUGGUAUCUUUGGUCAGUUCUUCAAUUCCUGAGGCUCAAUAUGUUGGGUUGAAAAAUAUCAGAAUCAUUUUGGAAAAGUACCCACAAAUCUUGUCAAAAGAGCUUCGUGUCUUUUUCAUAAGAUACUCUGAUCCAUUAUACUUGAAAUUGGAAAAGCUCGAGAUCAUGAUAAGAUUGUGCAAUGAGCACAACAGUUCAUUGUUAUUGAGUGAAUUGAAAGAGUAUGCCAUGGAAUUUGAACCUGCCUUGGUUUUGAAGUCCAUCAGAUCCAUUGGAUCGGUAGGUAUCAACUUGAUUAGUUGCGUGGUCAAAUCAAUCAACUUGUUAGGAGAUUUGAUUGACCAAAGAGGAGGAGACUUGAUUAUCAAUGAAGCAGUCAUUGUUUUGACCAACAUUUUAAGAAGAUAUCCAGGAAAGAAUGAUUUGAUCACUUUAGUGAUUCCAAUCAUUUCCAAUCAUAUUCAAGAGUUGGAAAAGUCUGAAGCUUUAUCGGGGUACAUCUGGUUGUUGGGAGAAUAUCCAAAGUACUUCUCAGGUUUAAAGGAAAAAUUGAGUAGUUUGCUUGAAGGAUUUUUGGAGUACGAGUCGUCCUUACAGUUGAACAUUCUUACCACGAUAGUCAAAGUCAAUCUUAAGGUUCCUGGUCAAGCAUAUUCUGGCCUUCUUCAGAAGGUUUUGGAAUUGACUACCAAGGAGUGUGAAAAUGCAGAUGUUAGAGAUAAGGCCUAUUUGUACUGGAGAUUAUUAUCCUCUUCGUCCGAUGACUCGCAACAAAAGGUCAUAUUAUCGAAGUUACCUCCAAUCAAAUCUACCGUGUCUUCUUUCAAUCCGAACGUCUUAGAAAUAUUGAUUCAAGAAUUGUCGACCAUGUCCUCGGUUUUCCACAAACCCGCAUUUACUUUCAUUGAAUCGCCUAAAGCCACAGAAAAGAAGAGGGCCGGGUCAUCUGCUAGAAAUAUAGAAGAUUUGAAGAAUUUGGCCAAACAAGAAAUCAUCAACAAUGUCAAGAACGAGAACUUGCUCGAUUUUGAUGACGAUGAUGAUGAUAAUGAUCAGAAUGGAGAGUCUCAAGGUGGUAGCAGCAACUUGUUAGAUGAGUUGAAUGAUUUGUUCAAUACCCCCACUGUACCUGGAGGACAAUCAUCUCAAGGCUCAGGGUCGUCUAGUGCUAAUGAUAUCUUGAGCUUGUUCAAUGCCCCAAAUCCAACUUCGGUAAACGGGGUAAGUCAAGGUGUAGGCUCUAUGAACUUGAACAGCCAGCCAAAAAAUAACACCAAUAGCGAUAUUUUGGAUCUUUUCUGA